AUGAAUGAACGUGCUUUUCCCUCGUGUGUGCCGGACUCAGAGGCUGAAGACCAUGAAGUAGUGAUAUGGAGACCAGACCAGUUUUUAGCCGUUCCACAGGAAAGUGUGCCAGCCGAAGAUGUUUCGAAUCAACAUUGGAUUGAGAACGGUGUACACGAGCGCAGGGAGAUUGCAACGCAUAGAUUUCGUUCGUUUCGAAAAAGAACGGCGAUCCAGAAAAACCCAUACAAAUUGGAUAGAAUUCGGCAUAAGCAGUUGCUGAAAGGAUUUGGCUUGCAAGUGGAGUCUUCAAGACAGAUAAAAGACCGAGAUGACGGUGGCAAUAGCGCUUCACUAGGUGCUUCGUCACAGGACGCCGAAUGGACUGAACAUGAAGGCAGUCCUCAUAACUACAAGAUCGGAGAUUACCAUGAUAUCGACGCAGAAGAUGACCAGCCAAAAGAUGGUUUGACCCAGGAGAGCCUGAGCUCAGCUGAAGAUGAGCAAGAUUUGGUCUACCGAGGUCGGCAUAUCAGCUUGCAGUCUGGAUUUAGGGGCAUUCUUCCCAAAUCCAUGUGGAAGAAAGCCUUGCAGGAUUCCAGAGAAGUGCACUUUAACAAUCUACAACAAACUAAAAGAGAGGGCAAAGGGGUGGCAAAGCGGAGACUGGUCACUGAUCUGCGGCUCGAGCCCGGGAACGCCGCACUUAGUGAUGGCCUAUUCGUGUCGGAUGAACCUAUGGAUAAUGUGGAUGAUGUCUUCAAAACCACCAAAUCGGAUAAUGAAAAACACAGUUCUAAGCACCUGGAAUCAAUGAGCAACUACCUAGAAGGCAAAUACGGCAGUUCAUACACAUUUGACGAUCUGUCCGAUGGUGCAGAGCUGUCGGACGAUGGCUCAGACCCCAUUACAACGUCAACUGAAAUGCAACCUACGUUUGCGCAAGGGCAAAAUUUAGAAGAAACGUUAACCGAUGCUUCUAACUCAGAUUUGGAGGUUUCAGACCACAAGCUCAAUUCAUUUAAGGAGCGUGAAGAUAACAUCAUCGAUGCCAUGCUUAGUGCACGGCGGCGUAGAGUAAAAUCUCUUGGUGCCAGAAGGCUGACCACUCCCCGUUCAAAUGGUUCAAAAGUUACACAGCCAGCAAACAAUCAUAACAACUUUAAGCGGAGGAAAACCACAACUUUAAAACCGCGUACAAGCGGUCCAGUGAGGCAAAAGAAGUCUGUACGGAGACCUAAUUUAAAACCUCGAAGCCGAAUUAAUGACACAGCACGCCGUGAAGGUCCAUCUGAUAGAUCGGCUAGUAUACAAGCCAACAAUGCGGAUCGAAGCAGCAACGCUAGGGAAGAAGCGAGAUCAAAAAAAAGUUUUGGCAUCGAGAAUCUCUCUAACUUCAUAUACACGGCUUCGAAAGGAAAGCCUACUGCCUUUGAUACAUCUGUUGAACGAGAAGGAGGAAGGUUUGCUAUCGUGAAGAAAAGGAAGGCCGAGGACCAUGACCUGGAAAAGAUUUCUGCAGGGUGCUCCGAAAUAUCUCCGAUACCCGAGCUCCCAUUGAUCUCUGCGAUAUGGGGUCACAAGUAUGAUCAGUCUCAGACCGUGGAGUUCACCUUAUCUGGCAAGCCUUUCAAGGCAUCUAUGUACGAUUCGAAUUUUGCAACUAAUUUGAAAGCGAUUUUCGGUCAUAUUGUCGAGAGGGGCGCCUCGGACUUGGAGAUUUAUUCAAUGAAUAGCCUCAUUGUUCCUCUGUUAGACCAACUGGAUAAUCCUGGUCUAUGGGCUAUUGUGGAUGACUUCCAUAAGAGCUUUAGGUCGAAAGCAAAUACUCUGAGAAAUCGAGCGAAACCCAUACACUUCUACCAAAUUGCCGCUUGUCAAGUUAUGCUGACUGUGGUACGGCGCUAUUCAAGUACCUCAAACAUACUAUCCAAGGAGAUUGUGAGCAAAAUUCUCGAUCACACAGUAUCAUUUUUCAAAUUGCUUUCCAAGUGCAGUGUUCUGGAGUUAGACGCCAGCCUUCUAAAUGAUUCCUACACUAUAUUGUCGAAUCUAGUCGAAAGUUUACAUCAGGGGCGAGAACUUUGGAACAAGAUCUGCUUCUCUACAUUUCCCUCGAGCAUCGCCCUCAUCAUUCUACGGAACUUCCCUACAAACGAGACAUUUUGGCAGAUUGCAGAGAUAGAACAAUCAUAUACAGGGGUCAGUGAAUGGCUACAGUUUGUUGACCACGCUGUCAAUUAUUGUCAGUGGCGCGUCGAUGGCAUGCUGAUUCAAAGGUUCUAUAACUUCUUUAAAGUACGGAAAUUUCAGAACUUUCCCGAGGAAAAGUCAAGCGAGACAAAUUUACACAUUUUUGGCACAAAAGACUGGAGCUCGUCUUCCAAGACUGCUUUCAAUGUCUUCAUUGAUUUGAUCAAUUCAUGUCAAUUGUCAAGGGUUCAAAUAGAGAAAAUCACUCCACUUGGUCAACUUGUCAGCUUGAAUUCUCCUGCGUUACUAGCGAAUCGUAUAAACCUGUUGCUGGUUCUUGCAGAGCACGCAGAUUCUAGCUAUGAGUCUAAAUUCGAGGAUCUCUGUUAUCCAUACCUUGAUCAAGAUAGUGAAAAACAGCCGAAGCUGGUGAGAAUCUUCGAGCUCAUGCUCUUGGGAUUUUGUUCACUCCUACAAAUCAAUGCGAACAAAAACCUGAUCACCAAGGCGAGAGUAGCGUCACUAAUUUUUCAGCAAAUCGUAAAACUCCGCAGUUUGGCUGUCAAUGAGAUUUUGGUUCAGUUUUUAAGUCGCAUCUAUUCUAUUGGACCUUUACUCGGCAAGUCCAUGUCAUUUGUGUUGAAAGCUCUUUACCCAGCUUUGAUGUUCAUGAUCAAAAAUAAAGAAAAGGCUGAAGUAGUUCCUUUAGUUAAGUUCUUCGAGCGAAACCUACACUUUUUGGACGUGCCAUGGCUCAUUACUUAUCUCCACCAGGUUUUCUCAGACUUGGCCAGCGAGGAUGAUACCCUCUUUCAUUUUUAUUUUGCCGUUACAAAACUAUUAGCAACAAAGAAGGCUAUAACCUGGUGGUCAGUUUUGAACUACAACAAUGCACUCAGUGCAUCCAAAAUUCAGUACGUUCAGUUUUGUACCAAAGUUGUCGAAAAUUGUGACGAAUACUCCUUUCUACAAAUCAGGCACAAACUACUACAAACCAUCGUUGACUUUUUGUUGGAGCCAACUAACUAUGCGUUCAUUAGAUUCCUCAAAGCUCUUUCUCAGAGAGACAAAGACUUCAAGCUCCACACAAGCCUCUCGUACCAAUCCAGUAAACUUGAAAUUAUAAGGGCAACUCUGAAUGCAUACAAACAGGUUAAAGACAGCUCGUUCGUUGAAAGUCUUGUUGCCAAACUUAAAAGCGAGCUUUUGAGUAAGCCGCUCAGCAAGCCGCUCAUAAUGGAAGUAACGAAUGCGCUCAAUUCGAAUUUUGUUGAUAUUCUCAAGAAUAAUGGCGAUUUUCUAUAUCUUAAAAGUCAGUUCAAUAUUUCUGACGUUGAGACGCAAAAGAGCAUUUUUCGCGAGUUUCUUUCUUGUCAGAAAAGCGACAUUGAGAGGGCUAUGUUUUUAGAGGAAGAGCUUCUCAAAAUUGUAACCCAGGGAUCAUCUUUGCCCUUGUUUCUUCAAAAAAUUGAGUCUUCGAUGGGCGCGGCGCUUUAUUCAAAUGACUUCGGUUUUUUGGGCCAUCUAAUAGAGGCGAACGCUUCAUGUGAGGUCGAGAAAUUCACGGAAACUCAGUGGUUUGUCCUUCUUACCUUAAUUCGAUUCAUCAAUGGACUACUUGAAAAGAGCCAUUGCCAAGUCAGCCGCACUGACUUUUCAGGGCUUUAUCAACUACACUCGUUUAUUUGCCGUGUAUUUCGGAGACCUCUUAAGGCAUCAUUCAAAGUUGCAACUGAGGGCCACUUUUAUCAAGAGGUUUCUCUUUUUUUGACCAGAAAUCUUGUCAUAUCAUCGGGAUUUCUUGAACACGGGAAACUUGUUGCAAUGUGUAAGACAUUUUCCAGCAUUGCGGCAUCUACAGCAAAACGUUCAACUACCAACGCUUUAGCCUACCCCAUAGAGAGACUUUUAAAACUGUACGGGCCCUCCAUACAUUCUAGCUUUCAUGAAAAGGUCGACAAUUGUAAGCUUAAUGCCGUCAUUGAGAGCUCUUUGGCAAGGCUUGAUAGAUUAUUACAGUGA